AUGAUUAUUCUCGGUGAUGGGUUACACAAUUUUAUUGACGGUGUUACCAUUGGUGCUUCAUUUUCUGAGUCGUUAUUGAGCGGUAUAAGUGUUAGUGUGGCUGUGCUUUGUGAAGAAUUCCCUCAUGAAUUAGGGGAUGUUGCAAUCCUUUUAGACUCGGGUAUGACAAUGCGUCAAGCAUUGUUUUACAAUUUACUUUCUGCUUUAACUUGUUAUAUUGGAUUCAUUAUUGGAGUUUUAAUUGGAAAUAUAACACACACCUUUGCUGCUUAUACUUUUGGGUUUGCUGGAGGAAUGUUUUUAUACAUAUCGCUUGGCUGUAUGAUGCCUGAAAUGAAAAAUGCAAUGGAAAAAGCCUUAAAUGUUUCACGCAAAAGUGGAUUGGAGGUUUUAGCACUUCAAACGUCAGGACUAUUAACAGGGCUAGCAUGCAUGUAUUUAAUGGCGCGUUAUGGGGAAAAUAUAGAAUUUUAA